UUUAAUUUUUUUUAAGUAAAUAUUUAUGUUCGUUUAGUUUUUGUGAUAAAAUGUUCACUUCCGGUUGUGUGCAAUAUUGUGCAUUUUCAUUGUCACCGAAAAAAUUCUUUGUAUUUUUCUUGAUAUUUUUGGUGCAGCGUGUGGCAUCUGAAGACUCAGUUCGACCAUGGAAUUAUACAACUUUGGAUCAAUUACGUAUGCAAUUAUUUAUGAAUUAUGACAAAUUUUUACAUCCAACAUACCGAGGUGCACCAACAAAUAUAACAUUAGGUAUGACUGUUAAUUACAUCGACAUUGAUGAAAUCAACGGAAAGAUGACUUUGCAUGGAUGGGCAAGGAUUCGUUGGAUGGAUGACAAACGCUCAUGGAAUGUGCGGGAUAAUGACAACAUAACUCAAAUGCAUUUGAGGCCCACAGAAGUGUGGAAACCCGAAAUAAUGCUUUUUAAUAGUGCUGGCGAAAAUAGUAACUAUUUGGGCGAUACACAACUUAUACUCAGCCAUGACGGAAGCAUACUGUGGGUGCCACCGGUUGCCUAUACGGCGUAUUGUUAUUUAAAUUUAAGAAUGUGGCCAUAUGAUUCGCAAAAAUGCACAUUAAAAAUUGGUUCGUGGACACAAACAGUUAUUGAUCAGCGUUACUUGAAGCACUCAGAGGCUAUAGAAUACGAUGAAUUAGUACAAUCUAUUGAAUGGGAGAUUGUUUCGAGCAAAGUAGAAUUUCACCGGGCAGAUUACUAUAACUACGUACAGUUUAUAUUUAAUUUAAAACGUCGUUCCACGAUGUAUGCAGCUGUUAUUUUUACCCCAGCAUCAUGUAUUGUUUUAUUAGCACUCUCAACAUUUUGGCUGCCACCACAAAUGGGAGAAAAGAUCUUGUUAAAUGGCUUGGUGAUAAUCGUGAUUGCAAUCUUUUUAAUGUAUUUUGCACAACUUUUACCAGUUAUGGCCGAGAAUACUCCACUAAUAGUAUUGUUUUAUAGCAGUUCUCUACUGAUGCUGAGUUUGUCAACUAUAAUUUCAACUAUAGUCCUUUAUCUAUCGACAGCGAAACAUAAAAGACGUUUACCGACUUUUAUUAAAAAUGCACUAAAUGGCGCUUUGGGUCGAAUACUGAUGUUGUCAACUUUUACUCUAGAGCCAAAUGCACAAACAAUGACGAAUAGUGACACAAAAGAAUUGGCCGAGCAUAUUUAUGAAAAUCGGGAUACUGAUACGCCAGAUCCAUUGGGCAUAAAUGCUCCAGCUGCUCCUUCAGCGCGUUCAAUACAAUUUGAUUGGAUUUUACUGGCAACUGCUGUGGAUCGCAUAUUUUUCCUCUUCUAUUGCAUAACAUUUAUUGCACUUGCUGUUCAAUAUGGUGUAUAAAAUUAAAAAAAUAUACUUUCUGGCAUAUUAAAUAUAUAUUUUUAUUUAUUAAACAUUUUGUUUUCUAACUGAUAAUUC